AUGCUUUGUGUAACAGUGCUGUCAGUUUUGUUCAUAGUUAACGGUUUGGUUACAGGACAGGAAGGGAAGUGCACAACGUCGGAAGGAAGGUCGGGACGAUGCAAAUCAAUCUUUAAUUGUGAGCAGAUGCUAGAAAUAGCUAAGAAACGAAAUAAAGACGCGCAAGAUUUGCUAAGACAAUCACAUUGCGGGUUUUUAGGAACAACACCUAAAGUCUGCUGUCCAGAACAAGACCCACAACCAACUGAUCCACGGUCACCAAAAAAUCAAUGUUAUACGCCAGACUUUAAGAUUGGCCAGUGUGUUGGUGUGUACUCCUGCCCACAUCUUGCUACUCUGCUAAAAGAACCUGUUUCAGAACAAAACCUGCAACAUGUAAAUCGUUUUAGAUGCAAUGGUCCUGUUCAAAACAGUGUAUGUUGCGAAUUAGAUACGACCAGUGGGAAUAAACCAAAAGAUAAAUGCAAAGCUUCGGUGUCUGCGUUGCCGCCUGAUCCAACAUCCCAAUGCUGUGGUCUUGAUGCUAGUGCUGGCAAUAAGAUAUAUGGCGGGACAGAGACAGCAAUAGACGAGUACCCGUGGUUGGCGCUCAUAGAAUAUGAAAGUAAUUCAAUCACGCAAACACUGUGUGGUGGUAGUCUUAUUAGUGGCAGAUACGUUUUGACUGCUGGCCAUUGUGUUAUUGGAUCAAUUUUGAAAAAUGGAAGACCAAUCAGAAUCCGUCUUGGAGAAUACGACAAAGAUCACGAAGGUCCUGACUGUAAGACAAGCGAAAGUGGAGGUGUUGACUGUACAGAUGGUACGAUCAGAAUUCCUAUAGAGAAGGCGAUACCACACCCAGAGUACAACCCUAAUAGUGUGUCCAGACGUCAUGAUAUAGCUUUGAUCAGGAUGAACCGCCUAGCACCCUUUACAGAGUUUAUCCGUCCUAUCUGCCUCCCAACAAUGGACUUUACGUUGACUGCUGAUUCUUCCUACAACUUAACUACGUCCGGUUGGGGAGCUGUCAGCGCCAGAGCUCGGAGUAGCGCUGUAAAGCUGUAUGUAGACCUGCCAUAUAUCGUCCAAGAUAAUUGUCAACUAAUGUUUGACCGAUUGGCGACCAAAAUCACCUUGUGGAAAGGUCAACUUUGCGCCGGAGGGGAGCAGGGAAGAGACUCGUGCAAAGGUGACUCCGGCGGUCCUCUAAUGUUACUUAAUGGCAGGCGUCACGAUAUCAUCGGGGUUGCUAGUUUUGGACAUAAAGAUUGUGGCACGAAAAAUGUUCCCGGCGUUUACACUAAGGUGUAUGAGUAUGAUAGUUGGAUAAGGAGUAAUAUUUUACCUUAG